AUAUUAUUAUGCACUCACACUCAUGCGAUUAUUUUCAUUAUUUAAUAUUUAAUAAUAUUUAAUAUAUUAUUCAAUAUAUUAUUGAAUUAUUUUAUAAUAAAUUUACCAUCUUAGUUCAUAAUUACAGAUACGUUCGAGGCAGAAAGUUAAAGUUAAAAUCUAUAAUCUAUAAAAAUGUAUUAUCUCUUGAAUUACGAAGCAGUAUUAGACCGGUUUUGUCGCAAAAAUGUCCAUACAUUUUUCGAUUAAUAUACUGGUCUAUAAAAAAUCUAUACAAAAAUCUCUGAUAUAUCAGUUGCUAUGGAAUAAGUAAAACUUUCAAAUUUUAAACUGCUGUUAUUGAUUGACAGGAGAAUGUCAAAAGUAGAAAAAAUGAACCACAAUUCUUAACAAUAUUAGAAAAUGUUUUAUAAAAAUAAUUUAAUUGAGCGACUUUUUUCUCUUUAAAUCAAGAUAUAAUAGAGGAAAUGUCAUAAUUAUCGUAGAGAAAAUAUAAAAUAACAUAACUAUUACAGUUAACGUCUGCACUGUAAAUAUAAAAUUAGUUAAUUAUAUUACUUCACUAAAUAUGAAGUUUAACGAUCCACAGCUUAUUGAAUCAUAAUCAUGCACAUAGAAUAUCAUGGAGCAGCUUGCAUAAUUACCGAUUACACUCACUAAAUUUAUCGCGUGUAUAAUGAUAAUGUUCACUCGAACAGAAAUUGCGGCAAAAUCGCACCGAAAAAACUUAAUUGGCUAAAGCUUCGAAGGAACACUUAUAAAUUAAUCGUACAAGCCUUCAUUAACAUGAAAAAAACUCAACUUUCACCGUUUGAAAAACUAUAAAGCCUUUAAAAAAGUUUAAUUCUCUCAGUUUGGAAGAGCUCAUCGCGAGUGCAAAGAAGUAGUUUUCACAUUUUCAUUCAGAUUAAUUAAGGAACAAUGCGAUUCCAUAUAUUUUUGUGCAUGUUAAUUUUUCUAAUAUCAGCUAUUUCAAUAAAUAGUGCAAAAAAACACCAACGACAUACAACAACGAUAGAACCAUCAUUAGAAGAAGAUGAGCAGCCACAACGUCCUAUGCAUAUGCGCCCACGACCUCCGAUGCCACAUCGUCCGCAUCAUCAUCGCCCGCGCCAAAAAAGAGAAGCGAAAGACUCUCAAGUAUUAUUAGGUACUUGUCAAGUCAAAGUUUCUUCAAAACCGUCUAUUCCAAAAAAACCAGUGACUGAAAAACCUAAUCAAGCUGUCAACAUGACAUUAAUGGCAACACAGACUCCUAAACAGAUGAUGAUUUCCAUUUCUAAAUUUUUGCAUAGGUUUUGGUUUGAAGAUUAAUUAUUUUAUUUAAGUACGCGUUAGCAGCAAUGACAUUCGAAGACACAGUCAUAUUCGAGAAUCAGUAAAAAUCAUUAUUUAUUACGCUUUUAUGAAUAACUAGUAUGUAAUCGCCGUAAAGUAUAACCACCUAAAAUCGCUUCUAUUUUUAAAAAAAGGACA